AUGUUACCCGCCGCCAUCUCGGUCCGCCGGCGGCGACCCAUCCUGACCGUCGUCGGCAUCGUCGCCGUACUGACUUUCUACCUGAGCUACACGCGCAUGAUCUCAUCCCCCUUCUCCGUCUUCCAGCCCGCCGCACCCCCCGAGCCAGCCUCGCCUGGCACUGGCACAGGCACUGGCACAGGCACUGGCACAGGCACUGGCACAGGCACCGACGGCAAAACCGGGACCGUCGCCAAGCCGCCCGGCGAGUACCACGAUCUCAGAGUCCCCGGCCAGGCUCCCCUGCCCUACCUGUCCUACGGCACGACCGCGCGGCCCGCCAUCAAGGGCCUGACGACCAUGAUCGGCGACCUGCCCGCGGAGCACGUCCCCAAGCCCGGCUCCGGCAAGCGGCUCAUCAUCGUGGGCGACGUGCACGGCCAGAAGUCGGCCCUCGAGGCGCUGCUCAAGAAGGUCAACUUUGACAACAAGAAGGGCGACCACCUGAUCCUCGCCGGCGACCUGGUCAACAAGGGCCCCGACAGCGCCGGCGUCGUCCAGCUCGCCAUGGACCUCGAGGCCAGCGCCGUGCGCGGCAACCACGACGACCGCGUGCUCCUGACCGACGCCGCCUCCAAGACGCAGCUCGUCGCGGGCACGGAUGGCGACAGCAACGGCGGCGGCGGCGGCGGCGGCGGCGAAGGCGGCAGUGGAUCGACUGGCAAUGCCAACAUCCUCGGCAUGACCGAGAAGGACAGUGACGGUAAGGACAUCACGAACAAGAUCUACGGCGACGAGGCCAAGAAGACCAAGCGAGAGGAGGAGAAGAAGGACGAAAAGGACAAGCCCAAGACGACGGGCGACGUCAUGGACAACCUGGAGCAGAACCCCUUCUCGCACGGCGACUACGAGGACCGCGAGACGGCCAAGAAGCUCACGGCGGGCCAGCUGUCGUGGCUGUCGCAGCGGCCCGUCAUCCUGCGCGUGGGCACGAUCCCCGGCUCGAAGCUGCCGAACCUGGUCGUCGUGCACGCGGGGCUCGUGCCCGGCGUGGCGCUCGAGCGCCAGGACGCGUGGGCGGCGAUGAACAUGCGGGCGCUCGUGUACCCGAUCGACGACGUGCGCAAGAAGGCGGUGCGCGAGUACCUGGAGAAGCGGGCCAAGGACCGCGCCGGCAAGGACCGCAAGCCGGCGCGCGUGACGGACGAGCAGGUCGACAAGGAGCUGGCGCGCCUCAAGCAGCAGCAGCACCUCGAGGUCGACGACCGCACCAAGCAGGUCGCCCUGCCCACCGAGUGGCGCAACGGCGAGGCCUGGUCCACCGCCUGGAACCGCUUCCAGGCCACGCUGCCCGAGGCGGAGCGCUCCGCCGUCGUCUACGGCCACGACGCCCGCACCGGCCUCAACGCCGACAACGCCUACACCUUUGGCCUCGACUCCGGGUGCGUCUACGGCCGCCAGCUGUCGGCCAUGGUCAUCGAGGCCAAGGACACGUCCGUCGACCACCGCAUCAUCCAGAUCGACUGCGAGGAGUCCGCGAAGGACAGCUGA